UCUUCUUCUUCUUCUUCUUCUUCUUCUUCUUCUUCUUCUUCUUCUUCUUCUUCUUCUUCUUCUUCUUCUUCUUCUUCUUCUUCUUCUUCUUCUUCUUCUUCUUCUUCUUCUUCUUCUUCUUCUUCUUCUUCUUCUUCUUCUUCUUCUUCUUCUUCUUCUUCUUCUUCUUCUUCUUCUUCUUCUUCUUCUUCUUCUUCUUCUUCUUCUUCUUCUUCUUCUUCUUCUUCUUCUUCUUCUUCUUCUUCUUCUUCUUCUUCUUCUUCUUCUUCUUCUUCUUCUUCUUCUUCUUCUUCUUCUUCUUCUUCUUCUUCUUCUUCUUCUUCUUCUUCUUCUUCUUCUUCUUCUUCUUCUUCUUCUUCUUCUUCUUCUUCUUCUUCUUCUUCUUCUUCUUCUUCUUCUUCUUCUUCUUCUUCUUCUUCUUCUUCUUCUUCUUCUUCUUCUUCUUCUUCUUCUUCUUCUUCUUCUUCUUCUUCUUCUUCUUCUUCUUCUUCUUCUUCUUCUUCUUCUUCUUCUUCUUCUUCUUCUUCUUCUUCUUCUUCUUCUUCUUCUUCUUCUUCUUCUUCUUCUUCUUCUUCUUCUUCUUCUUCUUCUUCUUCUUCUUCUUCUUCUUCUUCUUCUUCUUCUUCUUCUUCUUCUUCUUCUUCUUCUUCUUCUUCUUCUUCUUCUUCUUCUUCUUCUUCUUCUUCUUCUUCUUCUUCUUCUUCUUCUUCUUCUUCUUCUUCUUCUUCUUCUUCUUCUUCUUCUUCUUCUUCUUCUUCUUCUUCUUCUUCUUCUUCUUCUUCUUCUUCUUCUUCUUCUUCUUCUUCUUCUUCUUCUUCUUCUUCUUCUUCUUCUUCUUCUUCUUCUUCUUCUUCUUCUUCUUCUUCUUCUUCUUCUUCUUCUUCUUCUUCUUCUUCUUCUUCUUCUUCUUCUUCUUCUUCUUCUUCUUCUUCUUCUUCUUCUUCUUCUUCUUCUUCUUCUUCUUCUUCUUCUUCUUCUUCUUCUUCUUCUUCUUCUUCUUCUUCUUCUUCUUCUUCUUCUUCUUCUUCUUCUUCUUCUUCUUCUUCUUCUUCUUCUUCUUCUUCUUCUUCUUCUUCUUCUUCUUCUUCUUCUUCUUCUUCUUCU